AUGAGAAAGUGUACCGCCAUAUUGGGCACAUACAAGAGCACUAGGCCACGUUUGGGUCUUGGAUUUGUGUUUACUAGACUCUAUAGUACCCAGAAUGAACUUUUAGAACAGAUCAAGAACCGCAUACAAUCUAUUUCAGAUGACCAAAAUGGUAAAUUUGUGACUUCUCUCAUGUCAACCUUGAACGGUAAAGACGACCAAUAUCGUUCAUUGGUGAAGCAGAUCAAUGAACUAGACAGUAUACCCGAAGAUACAAGACACUCAAUCUUGAAUGAGGUUCUUUCAUUAGCAUUGAAGCAUGACUUUUCGCUCUACUAUAAUGUACCUGAAAAUCAUCAAUGGUCAGCAAAAGCUAUCAAAACACUUGUUCAGGCAAACCCAGGUCGUGCAAUGUCUACCUGGGAGCUAAUUGCUCGUCAUUCGAUCGAUCCUGCUGAUGAUCUUCUCGAAGUGCUUGUUGAAAAGGCACUUUUUGGAGAACGAUAUGAACAGGAAGAAAGCGAACAAUUUGAGUUUAGCGGGAUGCACAUAUACAAGGCGAUAGACUUAUUUGGAAGGAUUAGCCAGCCCAGCAAAGAAAUCCUGAAGUUGCUUGUGAGCACGUUGAUAGAACAGAAUGCACUUAGCUCAUUGAAAUAUGCCAAGAUAGACCCUACGAUCUUGAAAGAGAUUUUAGAGGAAGACAUCUCUCCUGUUGCGUACUUGAGGAUUUUCCAGGUUUUGUUUGAGCUUGAACCAGGCAUGUUAUCAAAGAAGGACUUGAGUAAGGCACUCCUAAAUUGUUACGCUAGUAACAAACUGAGCUUUGAAACUGCAUUGGAUCAUGACACGAAGUCUUGCAAACAAUUGGAGAAGUUUUUCGGAGAGCCAAUGGCUCCCAUUGAUACAAAGUUGUUGAUGGUAACUAUUGUUGCAUACAUCGAUCAGAUCAAACUAGACAGCGACAGAACUCCGGACUCUCUUUUAUUGAGACUCGAGAUGGUCAGAGCAUAUGGUAUCUAUCUCGAUGAUAUAAGUGCUGCUUUGGAAAAGUUUCAUUACUAUCAAACUCACGACAAAUUUGGGAUUGAAUUUGUACAGCUCAAUCUUCAGCAAGCAUUCACUUACCAAGCAGUACUACAGGACAACCCUCAUUACCUCAAAGUUGCCGAGACACUCAUUACCCCAGAACAAAUUGCUGUUACUUCUUUGAAACAUUUGAUUCUAGCAAGGUCGGCAUUUGAUGUCAAUUCAAGUCUCGAACUCUACAAUGAUUACAUCCAAAAAGUGUCUAAAGACAUCAAUUCCACCACCAACAGAUCUGCAGCAGGACAAUUGACCGAAGCGUUGAUGCUAGCUAACCUCUACAACAACGACAGAGAAUUUGCCCAUGUAAUAUUCGAUGGAGCUGUCGCACUGGGCACUGUAAAAGACGAGCACGAAAUUACAAAAUUACAAAAUCUUUUCAAGGUUUACGGGGAUGCGUGGAAGCACGACAAUUGGGAGUCAGCAAAGCCCAUUCUCAAGUCGGAAAUACUCAAACAUAUUCAACAAUGA